AUGAAUUUGCCCAUUGGCGUACUAGCAAUAUGUUUAAGUGAAAAUGUUCUACAACGUUUUCAAUUAAAUCGCGAACUUUAUGCAUCAUGUGAAAGUCUUAAAACAUCGAAUAGAAAACGACGUCGUAUUGAACCUAUUCUAAAGGGAAAACCUAAACCACGUUCGGAAUUAUUAGCUGCAAAAUUCAAUUUAAAUUUAAAAAGAGAUCAAGCCAAUUCAUUGGUUAAGUUGAUUUUUAAAAUAGCCCAGGAAUAUUUGUACAAAUGUCCACCGAUUAUAUACUACGACAAAUAUGUUGAGGACUCUGAUAGUUUACUUUUGGAAAAACUCUUUAAGUCUUUUCCCAUUAGUUAUUCUCAUGGUGAAAUUAAUGUUAAUUAUAAGGCAAAAAAUCAAAAUUUAAAAAAUUCUCUGGAUAAUAAUUGUAAAAGUUAUAUACUAUUUUUAUCGGAUCCCUUGAUGACGCGUAGUAUUAUUGGACCACAGAUAGAGAGUAAAGUUGUUGUGAUAUCAAAAUCUACGCAAUGGAAGUUGAAAGAUUUUUUAGCUUCCGAUUUAUCAUCGAAUAUUGUAAAUCUAUUGGUGAUCGGUGAAUCCUUGACGGCCGAUGCGAAUAAGGAACGUCCUUAUGUUUUAUAUACCCACAAACUAUAUGCCGAUGGUUUGGGAUCCAACUCCCCUGUAGUACUUACAAGCUGGAUAAGAGGUGCCUUAUCACGACCGCACAUUGAUCUCUUUCCAAGAAAAUUUGCUAAUGGUUUUGCUGGUCAUCGUUUUAAGGUAAUGUCUGGUAAUCAACCGCCCUAUAUGUUUCGUAUAAAAAGUUUAGACUUUGGAGGUGGUGCACAAUUGAGAUGGGAUGGUAUAGAAUAUCGUCUAUUAAAUAUGAUUGGCAAACAAUUGAAUUUUUCCAUAGACAUAAUAGAUAUACCGCAAAAAUUGGGUAUAAAAAGUACUUCAGAAAAUUUGGACUUUAGCUUGACGCAACGUUUGGCCGAUGUAGGCAUGCUGGGAGCUUAUGUAACAAAUGAAAGGUUAAGUAACACAGAUAUGUCGGUGGGUCAUUCAAAAGAUUGUGCUGCCUUUAUAACAUUGGCUUCGAAAGCUUUACCCAAAUAUCGUGCCAUUAUGGGUCCUUUCCAGUGGCCCGUUUGGGUAGCUUUGAUUUGUAUUUACUUGGGUGCUAUAUUUCCUAUUGUCUUUACGGAUCGUUUAACUUUGAGACAUUUAAUGGGUAAUUGGGGUGAAAUUGAGAAUAUGUUUUGGUAUGUAUUCGGUAUGUUUACCAAUUCUUUAACCUUUUCGGGCAAGUAUUCUUGGAGUAAUACGAAAAAGGUUUCGACGAGAUUACUUAUUGGAUCCUAUUGGAUUUUUACUAUUAUUAUAACGGCUUGUUACACUGGCUCUAUUAUAGCGUUUGUUACAUUACCAGCAUUUCCGGAAACUGUGGAUUCUGUAAUGGAUUUAUUGGGCCUAUUUUUUCGUGUUGGUACUUUGGAAAGUGGUGGUUGGGAAACCUGGUUCCAGAAUUCUUCGCACGAACCAACUUUACGUUUGUUUAACAAAAUGGAAUACGUUGCUACACUGGAAGAGGGUAUUGGUAAUGUAACGCAAAGUUUCUUUUGGAAUUAUGCUUUUCUAGGAUCCAGAUCACAAUUGGAAUACUUGGUACAAGCUAAUUUUACAAAUGAAAAUAUAUCACGUCGUUCCGCUUUACACUUAAGUGAGGAAUGUUUUGCCUUAUUUCAGAUUGGUUAUAUAUUUCCGAAAGAUUCUGUUUAUAAAACCAAGUUGAAUUCACUUAUAUUAUUGGCCCAACAGGCUGGUCUAAUGAGUAAAAUCGAAAAUGAAGUAAAAUGGUCAAUGCAAAGAUCAAAUAAAGGUAAAUUAUUGCAAGCCAGCUCUUCCUCACCUUUAAGAGAGACCAUACAAGAGGAAAGACAAUUAACUACGGCCGAUAUUGAAGGCAUGUUUUUGCUAAUGGGUAUAGGCUAUACCAUAGGCGCUAUUGCCUUGAUCUCCGAAAUAGUGGGAGGCAUAACUAAUAAAUGCCGCCAGAUUAUACGGCGUUCUCGUCAGUCUUUCUCCAGCAAUUGGUCUUCGAAAUGCAAUAGUGGUGAUUUAUCUAAACCGCCACAAAAGCCUCUCGACAAACAAGAAGAAUAUGCUCAUGCGGCCUGGCAAGUGGCACGUAAAGCUGCUCAGAAGGAGACACAAAAAACGCACCAGGAUUUGCUAGGUUUCGGUAGAAAACAAUUCAAUUUAACUAAAACUACUUUAAGGGAAUUGUAUGGCGACUAUAAUAAGUCACAGCCGGAUUAUGUUCUUAGAGAUGGUCAAAUUAUAGUAGAAGAUCCAGUUGAUUCUGAUGUAUCUUUGGAAACAUCAACUAGACAGUCUAGUGCAGAAACCAAAACUUCUUUAGUUAAUGAAAAAUGUAAAGAAGUCCAAGAAGAAUUCACCAAAGAUAAUAUCGAAAAGAUGGUAGAAAGUUUUCUUAAUGAUGAAAUUGAAAAAGCUUUAAAAUCAUUUGAUCAAACUUUAAAGCCUUAUCACAAGGACAACUCUCAAGAUUGUGAUGAAAUUGAAGAGGAGGUAUUUGGUAGUUUUGUACAAACCAAAGAAGAACAAUUUAAAACGUUAGAUAAUCUACAAUUAUUUAAAGAACAAAAUGAUUUGUUAAGACAAGAUAUUAAUGAGAAAGUUAGUGCAAAUGAUGAAGAUUUAGAUACUGAAAAUGAAAAUGAAAAGAAAGAUAAAAAGAAAAAUUAGCUG